AUGGGGAAUAUCUCAGCUAAAUACAAGAACUUCAUCUCCCAAAGUAUUCUGAUCUCUUCAGGACCUCCUGCUGUCUACCAGCUGAAACCAGAAAAAAAGAAAACUGAUUAUCUGACCAGACUGACUGUUGGUGAAAGAAAUCCAAACAAGAUAAAUAAAACCAUCUUACUUGUGGGUGAAACAGGAACAGGAAAAUCUACUCUGAUCAACUCUCUGCUCAACUACAGCAUAGGAGUGAAGUUUGAGGAUGAGGUCUGGUUUCAGAUCGUGGAGGAUGAGAAGAGAAAGCAGACAGAAAGUCAGACAUCAGAUGUGAUCGUGUAUGAGAUCUUUGGGUUUGAAGAUGAAACUCUGCCCUACUCUCUGACCAUCAUCGAUACUCCUGGAUAUGGAGACACCAGAGGCACUGAUAAAGAUGACAUCGUCAUAAAGAGGUUAUUUGACUUGUUUCGAUCAGAUGAUGGAGUUCGUGAGGUUACUGCAGUGGGUCUGGUGAUAAAGGCGAGUGAGAAUCGAGUGAGUGACCGACUGAGGUACAUCUUCAAUUCAGUGAUGUCUCUGUUUGGAAACGAUGUGGAGAAAAACAUUGUAGCUCUCAUCACACACUCAGACGGAGUAACACCUAAAAAUGCUCUCCAAGCUCUUGAAGAUGCUGGUAUUAAAUGUGCCAGAAAUGAGAAGAAUCAACCAACUCACUUCCUGUUUAAUAGCCUACAGAAAGAACAGAGAACAGAAGAAAAUGAGAUGAGUUUGGAGUUUGCAUGGAAAGUAUCAAAGAGGGGAAUGAGUCAAUUCACUGCCUUUGUAACAAUAACUGCACCUCAAAACACAAAGAAAACAGUUGAAGUCAUGAAUUCACGCAUCAGACUGAAGGCCUGCAUCGAAAACCUGAAAGACAGAAUUAAGACCACUGAACAGAAACAGGAAGAAAUCAAACAGAUUCAAGAAGCUCUGAAGAAAAAUGAAGAAGAGAUGAAGAAGAAUAAGAACUUCAAAAUAAAAGUUAAUGAGGUCUACAAAGAUAAAGAAGAUUUCACAGGUCAGAGGUGGUGGUUCUUUGGGUGGUUCUAUGUAGCAGCUGUUAACUGUACACACUGUGAAGAAACCUGUCACUAUCCUAAAGACUGCACAUGGGCCAAUAAUCCUGAAAGCUGUGCGGUCAUGAAAGAUGGCUGCUGUACCGUUUGUACCAACAAGUGUCCUGUAUCAGAUCAUGUGAAAGAAGAGUGGAUCUAUGUGACCAAAACAAGGAGCGUUGAGAAGACUUUGAAUCAUCUGAAAGAGAAGUUUGAGAAGAAUAAAUCAGAAAAGAAGAAGCAGUUACUGGAUGAGUCCUACCAAUAUGUCCUCAAACUGGAGCAGAUCGCCCUGAAAGCUGAUUCAGCAUCCACUCUUGACCACCUGGACUUCCUGAUUGAGAAGAUGAAGGAGGAAGGAGACAGAGAGAAGGUCCAGAAGCUGGAGGAGAAGAGAAGCAGAGUGGAUGAAGGAACCAGAUUAGCUCAGUGGUACAAGUUUGGUAAACUGUUUAAGUGA